AUGGCGAGCAAAAGCAACUACAGCCUGUGGAUCGGAAAUAUCCCUUUCGACGUGACUGAGAGAGAACUCGACGAUGUUUUAUCGAGGGUGGGAGAAGUAGUCAGCGUACGUAUUAAGUACGACAUUGAGAAAAACAUUAGCAAGGGCUUUGCCUUUUGUGAAUACAAAGAUUUAGAAACUUGUAUGUUGGCGCUUAAGUAUAUUAAUGGAUAUGAGUUGAAGGGUCGAAAGUUGCGUUUGUAUUGGGCGAACGAGGAGUUUAGAGAGAAGAUGGCGAGUGGUGCCAUUUCUGGUUUUGGUGGUGGUGGCACUCUGUCCAGGGGAAGGGCAAACGAACAUACGGGAAAGCGCAUCGGAUCUGGGUUACCUCCCGUUUUUAAGGGAAGCGCUAAAUUCGAUGCAUCUAUAGAUUCAAAUGGUCACUACAACAGGAAGGGGAAAGGACAUCUAACUCACACGACAAACACACAAAGAAACGUAAAGGAUGAAUCUUAUCAACCUAAGCAUACAGAGAUUAGUAACUCCAAAGAGAGUAACAUGAAUAAGGUGUUCAUAUCAAAAAUUAUGCAUACAUUAACUACAUCUCAAAUAAUGUGCAUUUUAAAUUUUUUUAAAAAACAAGCUAUGGAAAACUCAGAGAGGAUAAAGUUCUAUUUUCAAAGACAUACGAAUGUGGCAUACGCACUCCUACAUUGUUUGUUCCUCAUGAAUGUUAUUAAUGAAUAUACCCUUGGAAAGAACGACCUAAACAUAGUUAUCAGUGAUGAGGCAUUGAUGAAUAAAGCGGAGCGGAUGAUACAGGUGGAACGAAGCGGGAAAUUCAAAAUUCCAUUAGUAGGAGUAGCUGAUGUAGAAGACAACCAAUAUCAUAACCAGAGUAGUAACCCGGAGAAUAUUUCUCACAUGAAAAAUAACAGAAGGGCAAGACACCUUGCUGAAAAUAUUAUUUAUGAUUUGAGUGAAGAUAACCCUAUAGGGGAAAGUACUUAUAGUGGUCCCCAAUCCCAUUUACUUAACUUAAGCAGCUUAACUUCUGUGGGAGGAUCUGGAAUAGGGGGGCAGACAAAAGGAGGUAGUAGAAGUAACACCGGGUUGUAUGGCAGAUCGAAGAGGGAAUUAACAAAUUUUAGUAAAGGAGGCAUGUCAAAUGGAGAAGAAACAGAGGGGUACGGAGGGAGGGAGGUGAAAUAUGGAGGGCGUGGAGAUCAGUACAGUGGGAAUCCCCUUUACCCAGAGAGGAACAGUGACACUAGGGGUGUUUUGAAGGAGAGGAGAAGGAGGAUGAUGAUGAAAGAAUUUUACGGGGGUGUUUCUGGAAGUGGCACUUCACAAACAUAUAGAAGAAACAUCGAGCAGAUGCAAGAUGGAUGGUACAAGGAGACGAACGUUGGAAUUUAUGGAGGAAUUAGCCAAGUGAAUAAUAAUGGUGAGCCAGAAUUUAAAAGAAGUUAUUUGUCUGAAUAUGCGAAUGGUGAGGAUUCGGUGGAGAUGAAUCAUGCGGUUCGUAUUGGAGGGGAAGUGAAGAACGUGGUGGGGCAUGGCGAUCCGAGGUACCCUAUGCCCUGUGAGGGGGUGGGGGUCAGUGAUGUGGGUAUUGAUGUGGGUAAUGGUGUAGGUAAUGGUGUGAGUAAUGGUGUAGGUAAUGGUGUAGGUAAUGGUGUAGGUAAUGGUAUAGGUGGUGAUGUAGGUAAUGAUGUAGGUAAUGAUGUAGGUAAUGAUAUAGGUAAUGAUGCAGGUACUGAUGAGGGGGGGUCAAUAGGAUUGAAGAAAUAUAAGGGGGAGAGGGUCGUCCACCCCUUUGAUAAGGUCUCCAUGGAGAGGAGUGCGCUAGAAAUGAGCGGUGAAUUCCAAGACAUGGUGAGUAACACCAAUCAGGUGGCAGGGAUGGGAGAGCCCCCUCUCUAUGGAAGGAACGCAAACGAUCUGAAUGAAUCAGGUGAACCGUACACUGUGAACUACAUGGAAGCUGAUGGAAGGAGGAGGAACAACGCGAAUGUUCACCACGGUGUGGGAGAUGGUGAUUGUUUCAGUGGAGAUAACUCUGCCUCUGUGAGGGGAGCCCCCCCAAUGGACGAUAGUUUCAACGGCAGGGAAAGGGACAACGGAAACAGUAAUGGUCAGGUUUUUCAAGAGAAAAGAAGAAUACUAACCCGCCAAGGUAUCUAUGGUAGUAGUGGUAACAACAUGGGAAGAAGUAUGGAGGGGGGAGUUUCUAGGGGGGAUAUCACCUCAGCGGCGGUGAUGCAGGGCCCUCCGAACGAGAGCGUUCUUUCAGACCCCACCUACGCCAACGUAGAAUUGCCAGAUGAAGAGCUUGUCAACGAAGUAGAGAAGAACAGGGAUAUCCUGAACAACAUUUUGAAGUCACGCGUGGAGGAUAUGAAAAGUUGGAGCACUGAACAGCGUCUACAGGUUCUGUCCAUUCAGAAGGCGCUACAACUCAAGGGGUAUGUACUGCAGUGA